AUGUCGCGGCCUUUGAGUGAUAAAAUAAUAAAAGAACGAUCGACGAAAAAUCACGAACAUUCUGAUUCCGAGUCAGUGAUUGGUAGCAGGCCUGAAGAAGAAUGUUGUAGUGAUAGUGAAGUAAUAAGUAAUUGUGAAGAUACAGUAUCACUUGAUUUAUUGAACGAUAAUCAAGACGUGGAUUCUGAUACGGAUGCGUCUUCCUCAGGAAGUAAAAAUGAAAAUGUUGCAGGGCCUAGUCAGUCCAGCAGCUAUGGGAACUAUGGGAACUGGGAACUAUGGGAAAAAUAA